UAAUAAUAAUAAUAAUAAUAAUAAUAAUAAUAAUAAUAAUAAUAAUAAUAAUAAUAAUAACAACAUACUGACACCAGUACCGUUAUAAUAAAUGCACAAGGAAAUAUCAGUUUCUGUAGUGUCAGGGCAAGCUCUGCCUCUCUAAGGUAUACAAUAAUAAACGUCACUUCUUCUUCACACUCGGGGUUGGGUUGCUGUUGCAGCCCUGUCUUGUAUGUAAUUUAAAUGAUGCAUCCCAUCAGGAUACUGUGACACAGAUACAACAACCUGCUUCUCAUUGUGACACCUCGGAGCGCCGAGAUCGGGUGCGUUCAGCAGCAGGACUGGCGUGCUGACUGUAUAGGCGGGCGGGGAUGUUGAUCGGAGUUCGUAUUUUUUUUCUUCCAAAGCAGGAUCUGAAAGAUUAAGUCUAGUUGUAAUACAUACCAGUGCAAAAGAAAGAAAGAAAGAAAGAAAGAAAGAAAGAAAGAAAGAAAGAAAGAAAGAAAGAACAGUUUGCAGAUUUGGAACUAAACGGACCAAGAACUAAACCAACAAGCUGAGCUUGAAAACAACUGAAGCGAGCGAGUCAGCUGAGUUUGUGAAGUUCUGCGAUUGCAUCUCAAGCGCCGGGAGCCGUUCUCUUGUCGGGGACUGCUGUGUUUAUUUGAAGAAUUUCCUGUGGUACUGGAAUUAGGGUCCUCUCCAUGGAUAUCGACACAGACUAUGAGCGGCCGAAUGUCGAGACGAUAAAGUGUGUGGUGGUGGGUGACAACGCGGCAGGGAAGACGCGACUGAUCUGCGCCAGGGCCUGCAAUGCCACGCUCACGCAGUACCAGCUUCUCGCCACGCACGUGCCAACUGUCUGGGCCAUCGACCAGUACAGGGUGUGCCAGGAGGUUCUGGAGCGCUCUCGUGAUGUGGUGGAUGAGGUCAGCGUGUCUCUGCGGCUCUGGGACACCUUUGGAGAUCAUCACAAGGAUCGCCGCUUCGCUUACGGCAGGUCAGACGUGGUGGUCCUGUGUUUCUCCCUCGCCAACCCCAACUCUCUGCGCCACGUGAGGUCCAUGUGGUUCCCGGAGAUCAAGCACUUCUGUCCUCGUACUCCCAUCAUCCUGGUGGGCUGCCAGCUGGACCUGCGCUAUGCCGACCUCGACGCAGUCAACCGUGCCCGCCGACCACUCGCCAAGCCUAUCAAACCGACAGACAUCCUGCCCCCAGAGAAGGGUCACGAGGUGGCGAAGGAGCUGGGGGUGCCAUACUAUGAGACCAGCGUGGUGGCGCAGUUUGGAGUGAAGGACGUCUUUGACAACGCCAUCCGUGCCGCCCUCAUCUCCCGCCGCCACCUGCAGUUCUGGAAGUCCCACCUGAAGAAGGUGCAGCGCCCUCUGCUGCAAGCCCCCUUCCUUCCGCCGCGGCCCCCUCCUCCUAUCAUUGUCAUCCCCGAGCCGCCCCCCUGUGACGGGGAGGGGCCAGCCACCCUCUUCUCAGUGCCCCUCUGCGCUGACGUCCUCUUCCUUUUGCAGGGUGGCACCACGCACGUCUUCGCUCACAAGGCCUACCUGGCCACUUCCUGCUCCAAAUUCUAUGACCUCUUCAUCAUGGAGCGCGACUGGGAGGGAAGGGAGGAAGAGGAGUGGGAGGAGGAGUGGCAGCAGCAGGAGGAGGAGGAGGAGGGACAGGAAGAAGAAAAGGAGGAGCUGGAGGAGGAGCGCAGGGGAGGGAAGGAGAAGGCCGGCCGCACUAAGAGCCUGAACAUCGACAAGGACCCUCUGGAGGGAGGAGGCAGUCACCACUUUGUUAAGAGGCAUCUCUCACACCAGGGCACCCUGACAGCUUGCAAGAGCGACAAUCCCCUCCCGGAGAGGGCCCAGGAGCCGAGCGGGGUGGGUGUCGGCCGGACUCUCUCUGGCUGGGGCCGGGGCUUCCUCAAGAUGUACUUGGAGCGGGUGGAAGACCCGGUGACCAAGCGAGAGAGGGUGAUGACAGUAGUGUCCAUAGACUGCUUAAUCCAGCCCCGCCCCUUCCAGGCCGUGCUGAACUACCUGUACACCGGCAGCCUGGACGAGAGCCGGGGGGACCUCAUGCAGGUGGCUUCCAUCGCCGAGCUGCUCGAGGUGUUUGACCUGCGCAUGAUGGUGGCCAACAUCCUCAACAAGGAGAGCUUCAUGAACCAGGAGAUCACCAAGGCCUUCCAUGUGCGCCGUGCCAACCGCAUCAAGGAGUGCCUGGUCAAGGGCACCUUUGCAGAUGUUGUCUUCCGAUUGGAUGAUGGUCAGUUGCCCGCCCACAAGCCCUUGCUGAUCUCCAGCUGUGAUUGGAUGGCAGCUAUGUUCCGGGGUUCCUUUUUGGAAAGCUACGUUGAGGAGGUCUCCAUUCCCAACACUAACUGUGCCUGCAUGCGCGCCGUGCUGGAGUACCUGUACACUGGCCUGCUGACCCCGACCCCUGACCUGGACGCCAUGGAGCUGGUCAUGCUGGCCAACCGGCUGUGCCUGCCGCGCCUCGUCGCACUCACAGAACAGCACGCGGUGGACGAGCUGCAGAAAGCUGGAGAGGAUGCCGACCAGAAGGUGCUGCUGUAUCUGGAGAUGGCUCAGUUUCAUAACGCAAAACAGCUGGCCACGUGGUGCCUGCAUCACAUCUGCACAAACUACAACAGCAUCUGCCGCAGGUUUCGCAAGGAGAUGAAAGCCAUGUCUGCAGAGAACCAGAGGCACUUUGAGAAGCAGCGCUGGCCGCCAGUCUGGUACCUGAAGGAGGAGGACAGCUACCUGCGCUCCCGGAAGGAGAGGGAGAGGGAGGAGGAGAUCCUUCGCAAGCAGCACAUCAAGCACGGCUGGUGCUUCUGGCGCCACUCCUCCUCCUCCUCCUCCUCCUCACCCCAUGUCUCCUGAGCCACUCAAAUCCCCCUCCGAAACCCACCGGGGAGGGCUGUCCUCUGGGGACAAAACAGACAAGCAGCCCAGGGUCCCAUCCACCUCCCGUUCCUGUCCAAACUGGCUACCCGGUGACGUCACACAAGAUAAAAUGAUGAGAAUGGCUGGCUGUGGUGUCUGAUUGGUCCUAACUUGGCCUGUGCUUUGUGUGUUUGAGGCUUCAAUGAAAGUGUGUGUUUGGAGGGAUGUGGAUGGUUGGAGGGGGUGGCCUGUUUGGUGUGGCCACAAAGGCAUGGGGAAAUGGAGCACUUAGUCUUCUUAGACAUUCCAUGAAAAGACAGCUGAUUUUUAUGUUUAUAUUUUUGACUGAUAAGCCACAGAAGGUAAGCUAAAUUAAAUAAGCUGUGAACACUACAAACAUGGAAAGUAAAAAUAUGACUCGCCCAGGGGUCUGGAUACCGUGAAAGGACAAAAGAUAGAUUUCCACGGAAUACAUGCCUAUAAACUUCAGGGACAGGGAGGUGCAGACAACAAGCUUUGGAAAUUGAAUUAGUGGAUUUAAAAGGGUGUUUGAUACCACCCUUUCUGAACCUCUGUCCUGCAGCUGAUUCCCACUCCGACAGCAGGGAGCUAGAGUGGCUUCUUCUGAGACAGGAACCCUUCUUCACUGCGUGACUGGGCAGACAGGAUCUAGAGGUGGGCUCAGGGAGAAAAUAUGGAACUGGUACCUACCUUUUACAAUGGGCUGGUACCACGGUUCUUGGGUACCUGUGCUUACCUCAACUGGAAACUAGAGGUCCCUCAUCUUCCUACCUUAGAUUAGACUUGGGGUGAAUACAACCAGUCAUGCAAUCUUUCUGCCUCGUGAUGCCCGACUCAAAAAACCCUCCUUCAGGCGUCUCCUAGACUAGCAAGUCUUGCAUUCAAGUGGAGUGGUGAAGAAUCUUAAUCAAGCACAAUAUUACUCCUGACAUCCACAGGACAGUAGAAGAUGUACAACGUAAUGAUGACUUGGGAAAAAAAUAUGCUAAAAAUAUUAAAAUAACUUCAGCUGUAAUAUGACAGAAAUAAUAGCUUUACUAAGUGUAGCGUCUCUAUAUGUGUAUGCAUAUAUAGAACCCCUGUUGGAAUUUUAAGGGCUAACCCUAUGUUAUUGCUGUACUUACUGAUUAGCAACCAGCAGUUCAAAUAUUAAGUUUACAUGUAUUAGUUACUCUCCUUGACCUACAGUUGCACUGCACUGUAAAUUGUGGUGAUUUUACUGCAAGUAGCACAUAACAUAAUACAGAUUGAUUUAUUUUUUACAGAUUUUUGCUCUAAAUAAAUGAAUAAUAUAUGGAUGAAGGCUAUAUUUGCAUUGCAUA